AUGGCUUAAAAUACAAGCCUUUUUAAUAAUACCCAGUAAUUAUUAUUAUUAGAAAUUAUCUCGGUUACGCCAUAUCCCCUGUUAGAGUUCCCUUGCAGAAGCUUACUCUUGACUUUCAUUAUACUGAUUGUUAAGGAAUGAAAGAACUAAGCAAGGUGAAUAGUAAUAACAAUAUUUUAUUAUUUUUAGCAACUUUACAUAUCCUUACUUCCCAAAUUUCUUAAUCACAUAAUGCAUUAUGA